AUGUUAAGGUCAUCCCCGUUCGUCAAUCUUCUAUCUUCGCCAGCCAGCUUCCUUAUUCUCAAGUUAAAACCGGUCUCAGGUUCACACUCCGCAGCAACACUGGCGUCAGAUACACAAAAUACAUCGAAUCGCACGACAUUUGGUCGAAGGCGGGCACCUGUUUCCAUUGAUUUAGGUGUUCAGGAGCCGGGCGCCAAGAAAGGACGACUAACUUUCACCGAAGCAGUCAUGUAUUCUCUAAAACCGAAAGUAGUCGAUUUCGAUACAGUUUGGGUGCAGCUUAGACCGGCAAUUAUCGACAUUCUGAACUUGAAGCCGAUGUCCAAUGUUCAUUGGCACCACAAAUUCAGUGAUGUCUACGACAUUUGUGUAUCGAUUCCAACCCCACUCAGCGAGAGAUUAUACGGAGAGGUGAAAGCGUGCAUAAUGCAACAUGUAAAAGAGAAACGGCAGCAAAUAAAUGAAGUUGACCCGGAUCGGUUGAUUCAAGAAUACAACAAAAUGUGGGAAGUCUUUCACGAAGGUGCGAUUUUCAUUCAUCGCUUGUUUGGUUAUUUAAACAAACAAUUCGUGAAACAAAAGCGAUGCACCGAUCUGGACAACUUUGCACAGUACGCUGCGUUCCUUCAGAUUCCAGAUGUUAAGGAAAUUGGAUGUCUCGCUCUUGAAAUUUGGAAAGAGGAGCUUGUCAAAGGCAUUCUUCCACAACUUGUACAAUUCCUUCUAGUAUCGAUCGACAGUGAUCGUAAGGGCAACUUUCCACAAGAAGCAAAUGUCGUUUCGAGUGUAAUCAAUAGCUUUGUCAAAAUGGAGGAAACCGAUUUUGAUGUUGUACCAGAGACAGGAACGAAGCCCAAGGCACGGGAGUCAAUCACUGCGUUCUACGUGGAAAGUAUCGAGAAACCACUUCUCCUUGACACAGAAACAUACUAUUCCACACUGGCACAACGAAUGCUCUCCGAACUCAGUUGUAGUCAGUACAUGGAGCAAGUCAUUGUUCUUUUGGAACAGGAAGAAUUGCGUGCAAAAAAAUAUCUUCACGAGUCUUCGGUCUCAAAAAUAAUUUCUCUGUGUCAAAGAGUCAUGAUCAAGGCGCACAAAGAUAAGCUGCACUCCGUCUGCCAUGCUUUGAUAACUAACGAGGAGAACAAGGAUCUUCGCAACAUGUAUCGUCUUCUCAAACCCAUUCAAGCUGGACUCUCAGUUAUGGUCAAAGAAUUCGAGGAGUAUGUCAAGAAGAAGGGACUCGAGGCGGUUUCUGGGCUUACCGGAGAGAAUGUUCCUCAACAGUUCGUCGAGAACGUUUUGAAAGUGUACAAUAAGUUCAACGAUAUGAAAACCGUUGUGUUUAUGGAAGAUGGCGAGUUUUCAAGUGGACUUGAUAAGGCUCUUCAAGGAGUUGUAAAUUCGAAGGAGUUUGGACAGACUGUUCCAAAAGCUAGUGAAAGACUUGCUCGAUACACCGACAGUUUGUUAAAGAAGUCGACCAAAGGGCUGUCUGAGUCAGAUUUGGAAACGAAACUUGGAAACGCAAUAGUCAUUUUCCGCUACAUCGAAGACAAGGAUAUCUUCCAGAAGUUUUAUUCUAAAAUGCUUGCCAAUCGUCUCAUAGCUAGCACUUCAGUUUCAAUGGAUGCUGAGGAAGUGAUGAUAAAUAAGCUGAAGCAGGCGUGUGGCUACGAAUUCACCAGCAAACUCUCUCGCAUGUUCACGGAUAUCGGAUUGAGUCAAGAACUGUCCUCCACAUUUGACAAACACAUUGCGGAAAUCAAAUCGUCCCGACCUGGAACAAAGUUUGUGCCAACCCAAGCUUUGGUACUUCAAGCUGGAAGCUGGCCACUGAAUGCACCUCAGCUGAGCACCAAUACAAACCAACAAACCGCUCAAGACGUCGCCGAUUUCCAUUUGCCAUAUGUUCUAUUGCCUGUUAUUCAAGAAUUUGAAACGUUCUACACUGGAAAACAUAAUGGACGCAAACUGACUUGGUUGUAUAACAUGUCACAAGGAGAUGUUCGUCUUACAUAUCUGGACAAACAGUAUGUUGCACAAAUGUAUGUUUAUCAAAUGGCAGCAGUUCUUUGCUUUGAACGACGGGAUGCGAUUUCUGUUAAGGAUAUUGGAGAAGAGAUUGGAGUUUCCGGUGAUUAUCUUCUCAAAACGCUCCGUACAAUUCUCGAUGUGUCGAUUCUCACCUGUGAUGAUCAAGCAUUGACCACCGAUUCUAUUGUCCGAUUGAACAUGUCGAUGACCGCAAGACGAAUGAAGUUCAGACUUCAAGCUCCACAAGUUAACAAAGUUGUUGAGAAGGAACAGGAAUCUGUGGCUAACACAGUAACGCAAGACCGAAAAUACUACAUGGAAUGUGCCAUAGUCAGAAUUAUGAAAACUCGGAAAGUGCUGAAACACAAUGCUCUUGUCACAGAAAUAAUGGACCAGACGAAAGGAAGAUUUACUCCAGAUGUUCCAUUCAUCAAGAAGAGUAUCGAGGAUCUGAUAGAAAAGAUGUACAUCCAGAGAACCGAUCAGAAUGACGAGUACCAAUACCUGGCUUAA